GGGAGGGGGCGGUUGCACCAUUGGGGAAGAGGAGAGAGAGAGAGGGCGAUACCGAGCACCAGUGGCAGGCAAACACCCGUCAGCCGCGUGCAGAGGAGAGAAAAAGGCAGCACGGACAAAAGAAACAUGGAUGCAUUAGAGAAGUAUCCACUCAAACAGAUAACGGAAUGGACGUGCCGUUCUUCCUGCACCUAACGGGGAACGAAUUAGCCUAUUUGAAUGCGGUGGUGCGAGGCGAGGUAUUGCAAGCUAAAAAGGCGGAAUCCGUUUAAUCCGUCUGCGGAUCCCAUGAGCUUGCAAUGGCUGUUAUGGGGAUAUGUAGCUGUAUAGGAAACAAUGUGGCUCUUUCUUUUGUUGUAUUUUUCUUUUUGUGUGGCCUUUCACUUGGACAACUACGGUACUCUAUUCAGGAGGAAUUAGAAAAUGGAGCGGAGGUGGGGGAUCUUGUGCAGGACUUGGGGUUGGAUAUCCGAAAGCUCUCCAAUCGAAAGAUAAAGGUAACCACCAGUGGAAAACGGUAUGUGGAUGUCAAUCCCCAAAAUGGGAAAUUACUUGUCAAUGAAAGAAUCGACAGAGAGACGCUGUGUGAUUUGAGCAGCACCUGUCUUAUACAUUUAGAGGUGCUUGUUGAAAACCCAUCCGAGGUGCACAAUGUCGAGGUGGAGAUUGUGGAUGCGAAUGACAAUGCGCCGCAGUUCCCUAGUGACGAGUAUCAAUUGGAAAUUGCAGAAUCGGCUUUACCGGGGUCUCGUUUCCCCAUUGAGAACGCCCUGGAUCCGGAUGUGGGAUCAAAUUCCGUUCGUCUGUAUCGACUCAGCCCAAACGAACACUUCGCACUUGAUUCCAACAAGCCCUCCCUAAACAGCAAGAACAUUGAGCUCGUGCUCAAAAAGCCCCUUGACCGUGAGCUGGCGCCUUACCACCAAUUCAUUCUGACUGCUGCAGAUGGCGGAACACCAGCAAAAACCGGUUCAGCUCUAAUUAAUGUGCGAGUCCUGGACACCAAUGACAACGUUCCUGUAUUUGACAGCUCAGUGUACAAAGUCAAAUUGUUAGAAAACUCACCAAAAGACACACUGGUCAUCAAAUUGAAUGCCACAGACCAUGACGAGGGUACCAAUGGGGAGGUCUAUUACUCUUUCAGCAGCUACACUCCUGAGAGAGUCAGACAGAUGUUCAGCAUGGACAGCAACACGGGAGAGAUCAGAGUGAGGAGCAUUGUGGACUACGAAGAAACCAACUCUUAUGAGAUGUACAUCCAGGCCAUGGAUAAAGGCCCUGGUGCUGUGGCAGCCCACUGUAAGGUGGUGGUGGAGGUGGUGGAUGUGAAUGACAAUGUCCCAGAGAUAGUCCUGUCCUCUCUCUCCAGCCCAGUGAGGGAGGAUGCCCGGGCUGACACCGUGGUGGCCCUGAUCAGUGUCACAGACCGGGACUCUGGUGCCAACAAACAGGUGAACCUGGAGAUACCGCCGGGCCUGCCCUUCAAGAUCAAGUCCUUCAGAAACUACUACACCCUGGUCACCUCCGCCUUCCUGGAUCGCGAGACCACUGCUGCCUACAAUGUCACCCUUAGCGCCACUGAUGGCGGCACCCCACCCCUCUCCUCCCAGAAGACCAUACAGGUGGAUGUGGCUGAUGUGAAUGACAACCCGCCGCGCUUCGAGCAGACCUCCUACACGGUCUAUGUGACUGAGAACAAUGCCCCCGGGGCCUCGCUGUGCACCGUGAAAGCCCAGGACUCCGAUGUCAACGAGAACGCACGCAUCACCUACACCGUCCUCAAUGACAACAACCACGGUAUCCCCGUCACCUCCUAUGUAUCUGUGAAGGCCGACACGGGAGAGGCAUACGCCCUGCGCGCCUUUGACUACGAGUCACUCAGGGAGUUCCACUUCCAGGUCAAAGCUCAGGACGGGGGCAUCCCGCCCCUCAGCAGGGUGGCCACUGUCUACAUCUACAUCAUGGACCAGAACGACCACAUUCCUGAGAUUGUCAAACCUCCAGGCAACGGCACACGCUCUAUAGAGACAGUGCUGAAGAAUGCUGAGGCUGGCGUCCUGGUGACCAAGGUGGUGGCGUACGACGCAGACGCGGGUCCCAACGCCUGGCUGAUCUAUGUGUUGGAUCAGUCCACAGACUUGGACCUGUUCAAGGUGCAUGAACACACAGGGGAGAUCCGCACCACACGCAGGGUCCUGGAGGAUAACUCCACCUCCUUCAGCCUGACUGUACUGGUGAGAGACCACGGCCAGCCUCCUCUCUCCUCCACCGCCACCGUCAAUGUGGCCGUCAUGGAGGUGCCACCCAAGGUGACCCCUGACCCCAAGAGGGUCAUCCGGCCCCACAGCACCCUGCUCUUCUCCAAUGUGACCCUAUACCUGAUCGUGGCCCUGAGCGCCACCACCUUUGUGUUCCUGGUGACCGUGGUGGUGCUGGCCAUCGUGCGCUGCCAUGCCUACUGCACCCAGCCUGGUUCCUGCUCCCCCUGCUGUGUGUCCCAGAAGACCCCCCCUGAUGGCGGGAGCAGCAGCACAGUAGGUGGUUCUGGGGGUGGAGGUGGUGGUGGGGGACAACCCAAUAACAAUGUGGCGCUGCGGAGAGACCUCAAAGUGGAGCCUCACUACAUUGAGGUGCGUGGGAAUGGCUCCAUGACCAAGACCUACUGCUACAAGACCUGCCUGACGGCCACCUCAGGAAGCGACACCUUCAUGUUCUACAACACAGGCCGGCCCAUCAGCGGCACCUGGGGUUCCGAGCGCUUCUUCACCGGCGGAAGCGGGUUUGUAAGGAGACUGAGCAUGCCCGAUGCUUCAUUGCAAGUCUGUCCAGAGCCGAAGGCCCCAAAUGCUGACUGGCGAUACUCCACUUCUUUGAGGGCAGGGAUGCAGAGCUCGGUCCAUAUGGAGGAGUCGUCAGUGAUGCAGGGAGCCCAGGGGAUGCUGGUCCAGAACUGGCCCACAGUGUCCAGCGCCGCAGAUGGUGAGGGGGGCGAGCUGUCCCCUCCGGUUGGAGCUGGCAUCGACAGUAACAGCUGGCACUUCCGUUAUGGGCCUGGCCCUGGCUACGGCCCCCCUCAGGUUCUGAGGCCUGGAGAGAUCCCCCCCGAAGCCUUCAUCAUCCCCGGCUCCCCCGCCAUCAUCUCUAUCCGCCAGGGCCAGGGAGGAGAGGAUGACAAGAGCGACUUCAUCACCUUCGGCAAGAAGGAGGAUGCCAAGAAGAAGAAAAAGAAGAAGAAGGACAAGAAAGACAAGAAGGACAAGGGGAAGGAGGAUGUGGACGAGUAGAGGAGAAAGGGGAGAUAUGAAAACAGAGCUACCAACUAAUGUUCAAAUAACAGAUGCAAGACAAAAAUCCAAGUGUAUAUUUUAGAAGCAGGAGAGCCUCCCUGUGGUGUGUUUGCAUAGUUAAGUCUGUCCAGCCAAGUACCCAUUAGCAGAGGCCUAUCUCUAUGAAACAGCCAAUUGUAGCCUCUGCCAGGUUGGCCCUCCGAGGCUUCCAUACCUCUGGGCUAUUAAACAGGCUUCAUACGGGAUGUAAUAGGUUGUCAUUAGCAAGACAUUUGCUGAAAGAAAAUACUGUUUCUAAUCAAACAAAAAUACAUUUGAUUAGAAGAACCUUUCCACAAUGACGAUUAUGUACUCAACUUUCCCUGCCCCACUCUUUCAUGUAUAAAAUGCCAUAUGUGAGAGAAACCUCACACACCAUUUUAAUGCCAUUACUAUGACUAGUGUUACAGUCCUGCCAGCCACCUCCCCAAACUGGCCUGAUAAUGGGAUGCUCUUCCCUGGCCAUUCAUGCCCCAUGUUGGCAUCUCUGUCUUUACUCUGCCCCCUGUCUCCUCUGAUCUCCUGAUUGGAGGGGGAGAGGAGGAGCUCAAUCGGACAAAGAGUGAAACAAAGGCUCUCUUCUCCAAUAACAUGGAGGCCUUGUGAAAAAAAAAAGGAAUUACACAAUAGUUAUUUUAUACAAAAUAUAAAUAAGAGAAAGUGACCCAAACAAGACACCUGACAUCUGUGUAUGUAGUGUACGGUGAGCUGUGUGAGAUUAGAAUGGGUUGAGAUUAGUGUUGGCCGAGAUUGAAGGCUGGAUUAGACUGCCCAGGUUAUUUUCAGUGCGUGCUGAAGCCGUGGUGUUACAUGCCUGGCACGGUUGGCACUGUUGGCAGCACAGGGCAGCGGCGAAAUACCUGGCCCCAUCUCCUCACCUAGAACAGACAAUAGGUCAGUGGGGCCUUGAACCCACACAACCACAAUAACUACCACACAUACGCUCACACUAGACAGUCAGGGCUGCCAUGCACACACCUCUCUGGAUACUAUAGAUCUCUAACCCAGCCAAAAGGCUGGGGCAUAGCAGUGGCCUCUUUGCUAUGGAUGUGUAAUAAACUCAGCAAAAAAAGAAACGUCCUCUCACUGUCAACUGCGUUUAUUUUCAGUAAACAUAACAUGUGUAAAUAUUUGUAUGAACAUGACCAGAUUCAAAAACUGAGAAAUAAGCUGAGCAAGUUCCACAGACAUGUGAUUAACAGAAAUGGAAUAAUGUGUCCCUGAACAAAGGGGGGGUCAAAAUCAAAAGUAACAGUCAGUAUCUGAUGUGGCCACCAGCUGCAUUAAGUACUCCAGUGCAUCUCCUCCUCAUGAACUGCACCAGUUUUGCCAGUUCUUGCUGUGAGAUGUUACCCCACUCUUCCAGCAAGGCACCUGCAAGUUCCUGGACAUUUCUGGGGGGAAUGGCCCUAGCCCUCACCCUCCGAUCCAACAGGUCACAAACGUGCUCAAUGGGAUUGAGAUCCGGGCUAUUUGCUAGCCAUGGCAGAACACUGACAUUCCUGUCUUGCAGGAAAUCAUGCACAGAAUGAGCAGUAUGGCUGGUGGCAUUGUCAUGCUGGAGGUUCAUGUCAGGAUAAGCCUGCAGGAAGGGUACCACAUGAGGGAGGAGGAUGUCUUCCCUGUAACGCACAGCGUUGAGAUUACCUGCAAUGACUACAAGCUCAGUCUGAUGAUGCUGUGACACACCGUCCCAGACCAUGACGAACCCUCCACCUCCAAAUCGAUCCCGUUCCAGAGUACAAGCCUUGGUGUAACGCUCAUUCCUUCGACCAUAAACGCAAAUCCGACCAUGACCCCUGGUGAGACAAAACCUUGACUCGUCUCUCAGCCUAUUGCGGAGAGUCUGAGCACUGAUGGAGGGAUUGUGCAUUCCUGGUGCAACUCAGACAGUUGUUGUUGCCAUCCUAUACCUGUAACGCAGGUGUGAUGUCCAGAUGUACCAAUCCUGUGCAGGUGUUGUUACACGUGGUCUGCCACUGCGAGGACGAUCAGCUGUCCCUCCUGUCUCCCAGUAGCGCUGUCUUAGGCGUCUCACAGUACGGACAUUGCACUUUAUUACCCUGGCCACAUCUGCAGUCCUCAUGCCUCCUUGCAGCAUGCCUAAGGCACGUUCACGCAGAUGAGCAGGGAUCCUGGGCAUCUUUCUUUUGGUGUUUUUCAGCGUCAGUAGAAAGGUCUCUUUAGUGUCCUAAGUUUUCAGAACUGUGACCUUAAUUGCCUACCGUCUGUAAGCUGUUAGUGUCUUAACGACCGUUCCACAGGUCGUUCCACAUUGAACAAGCAUGGGAAACAGUGUUUAAACCCUUUACAAUGAAGAUCUGUGAAGUUGUUUGGAUUUUUACGAAUUAUCUUUGAAAGACAGGGUCCUGAAAAAGGGAUGUUUCUUUUUUUUGCUGAGUUUAAAUGGCAGGAACGUUGCUUGUUGCUUCAUUUCUGUUCAAGUCUGAUCCCCCAGCUUCAGUCAUUGAAUGUUUAAUAGUCAAUGUUCAAUAGUUCUUAAAGCCCCGCCCCCUUACCCUGCCGGCAUUGGUGCUUGUCGGAUUCGCUCGCACGCCUCCUCUGUUAACCCCUCUAGCGUUACUCCUCCUUCCUCUGUUCACCAUAUCCAGGAGCCCUCUUAACUUCUGAUGACGUGCUCCUCCUUAAACACAGCAACAGUGUUAUCCUGUAUAAGACACACACACACACAAAUAAAACACACACACACAGUUUUUGUUAGCUUUAACCAAGCCUUGGUACUGAAACAACAAGGUUCCUAUCACUCCUACAGAAUUCUAGUUCAUUUUGGGGACAAGUUGCCAUCCAUUCCACUAGUUACACACAGGGUAGUGGGGGAUACAGGGUACUUUAUGGACUGGCUUCCUUCUGUCUAGAUAGAGAUAAAAAGAGGGAUGGAAGAUGGUAGAGGGAAGGAGAGAGAAGUGGAAUUGUUGUGAUGGGCAGUCCAGUCCACAGACAUACCCCAGAGAGCUUAGUUGCUGUGUUAAACUCUUUACUCAUAUUCUGAUGAAAAUGAAACAUCAGCAUCAUUGAGUUGGGGGGGGGGGGGUGGAUCUUCACUAGAAUAGAGCAUCCCCAAGAUGAACUCAAGAUGUGCAGGGGCUAAUUGCACAACAUCUCCUACUCAGCUCUCUGUUUCCUCUUCCUGGCUGCUAUCUGACCAAUCAGAGGGACAGAGGGGUGAUGCUAGCGCUGCUAUUGGACUGAAUCCCCCCAUAUUAUACACAUGCUCCCCCUUCAGGUGUGAAUCAUUGCUGUCAGAUCACUAAGGGGCUAUUUGCAUGUUAUAAGCAGAGGAAACAGAUUCUAUAUAUAGAUCUAUAAAGGUAGAUACAUUUUUUCAUUUUCUUAAACCAUUUAUCUCAAACUCAGAGACAUUAAUAUUGCCUCUGUUGAACUAUACAUACUCACUCGCAAAUACACACACAUGAACACACAUACAAUACAUAUACACAUACUAUAUAUUCAUAGACAAAUCAAACAGGAAUCACUUUUGUAUCCUGUUGAAAUUAAAUGAAAAUACCUUCUAAAUAUACGUAAUGCUGUAGUGUUAUGCUAUAAAAUGCUAUUUUUUGUUUACGCCCUUAGGAUUUUUGAAGAUUACAAAAUCAAUCCUUUACGUUGUGUUAAGCUAUGAAAUGAUGAUCAAACAACCACUGUACUAAAUCAUUUAUUCACCUUCGAUAUCUAUCCCGAACCCCCUUUAAAAAAAAUUAAAAAACAUUAAAAUUGAAGGAAAACAAACUCUUAAGAAAGAAAAUGGUCCAAAAAAAAUCUGAAAAACGUUAUGUACUCUCUGCUUGUGUGUAGUGAAUGUUUCCUCAGACAUCUGGUGCCUGACUGGCACUAAUCAGUCGACUGCGACAGUGCAGAUCUGUUAAUAGCUUUUUUGUACACCUGCUCAUCAGUGUAAUGGUGAUUUCGUGAUUAUUCUUUUUUAUUAUUUGAUGGAUAUGGUAACGUGUUUUGUUUAUAAAUCACAAAUAAAAUUUUAUUUCUUAAAUAUCGGGAAAA